AUGAGCACGACUGGGCUACCCAUCCCAACUGAGCUGCCUUUGCAUUCCCUAACUGUUACAAUUUUAUUCUAGAUUAUAGCUUUUGAUGAACUGAAGACUGACUACAAGAAUCCCAUAGACCAGUGUAAUACGCUCAACCCUCUUGUACUUCCCGAGUAUCUCAUCCACGCAUUCUUCUGUGUUAUGUUUCUGUGUGCGACAGAGUGGCUCACGCUGGGUCUCAAUAUGCCGUUGCUGGCUUAUCACAUUUGGAGGUACAUGAGUAGGCCUGUGAUGAGCGGACCCGGGCUCUAUGACCCUACCACCAUCAUGAAUGCAGACGUUUUAGCAUAUUGCCAGAAGGAAGGAUGGUGCAAACUAGCAUUUUACCUUCUGUCCUUUUUUUACUACCUAUAUGGCAUGAUCUACGUUUUGGUGAGCUCUUAAGCGGGAGAUGCCCAGUGGACUUGGUUCCGGCGAAGUGCAUGCAGAAAAGCCGCGAGGGACGGGAUCAUUUUCCCAAGACGAAUCUUUUAUCAAGAUUUCAGCCACGGAAUCCGGCGAUCACAAUUGCGACAGGAGGAAGAAACAAAGCGACUCCCUUUUCUCCCCCCCCCCCAAAAAAAACAAAAACGUCUCCACAUUUUAAUACUCACAGAAAGACUGUUUUCAGGGUUGUUUUUUUUUUUGAUUUUUUAAAAAUAUGCUGGGAUGUUUAAGAUUACAAAAAAAAUACAUAAAUUAAUGUCAAGCCGCUGCCUCUGGCGUUGAGUAAGUUUUGACCCCGUAGCCCUUGAGGAGCAGGCGUACCCUCCUUCGCACUGUCCUUGUUUCUUUCUUUUUUGUUUGUUUACCAGACUUUGUAGCGGACGUUUUGGUUAUUGAUUCCUGUCUAGCUGUAGGUAACCAAGUGCACCUGAUGGACUUCAUGCUUUUCUGUAUGUUCCCCCUCUAGGUGACUCCUGUGUGUCUUGUAGAUGAAUACAUGAGUAGAACUACAGGAAAAGAAAAUGUAGUUCAGGGUUUUUUUUGUUUUUGUUUUUUUUAAAUACUCUUUGAAUAUUCUCUCCGUAUCACGUGCAUGGCUCAGACUUUUCCAUAUUUACCGCAAGCGUACCUCCGGCUUUAACUUUCCAGGUUAAGUGGAUAUGCCAUAGGGGAAAUCCGCAAAAGCAGCACACCCCGAAAGCCCCCGUUUUUAAAUUUUCGUUCGCCGAAGGGGAAGAGGUGCUCCGGCCUCGGAACGACCCAUCCAGCCUGUCUCAAAAGGUGGGAAUAAAAAUAGUUCUGUGAGUCUUCUUGGUGGAACGGCAGGCACUCGUAGGACGAAGUUGGGUAAAUAAAUGCCCCGCUGCUGUUCCUUAGUGCGAUGCAAUAAAAAAACCCUCCAAGUCAGAGAAGUUUACCUUCUUCCGCUGCUCGGCCUCUUCAGAAUAUUAUGAAACUGCUGGUUUAGCCCAUGGCUGUUAGGUGGGGCUGUCGUAAUUUUACGGCUUGUAAACACGGGCCCUUGUGCCGUCGAGCAGGGGUGAGCAGAACCUUGACUGCACUCCUGCAGAAGACUGCCAGCCAGUUUUUGGCGGCCUGGUUGGCACAUGCUGGUUGUUGGGGAUUCUUUCUGAGGUUUGUCUGAUCCUGCAAAGCGCUUGCUUUAUUCCUAAGAGCGCAGGCUUGGGAUCACUCCCUAUGAAUUAGUUAUACUUUAACCCAGGGGUUCCCAAACGGGGUGCCCAGGAGCGCACUGGCGUGUGCCGACACCUUUCCUGAUGCCUGACAAGCAAGUUGGAUAGUGGGAGGCAAUGCUCCCUCUAAGCUGUGGCGUCUUGUGAGCAAAAAUUCUACUCUGUGAG